AUGAAGAAUUAUUUCGCAACUUUCAAUCACCCUCAAACUAAUCAAUGUGUGAAUACAAAUGCAGCAGACAUAGCGCGAUUACAAUGUGAAAGGAAGAAAUGUGAAAGCGAACGGCAACGAUUACGCAAAAAGUUUGAACAAUUACAGCAACGUCGAAAUCAAAGUUGGACUGACCGAUGCUGCCCAUGUUGCCGUCGAUCGAACAGAAAUCGACACGAGAAUACCGAACAGAUAUUCAAUGAGCCAGAACAGUCGGUAUCCUAUCAACCGGAGCGAGAAUUUCAAUCAAAGAAUACCAAUGAUAGUCCACCUUUAGCGGCAAUCCAAGGUGACAUGAUUAUUGUUGUUUUAGUUCGCAUACCGGUCAUUUCUUUCAGAUUACGUUCGAAUAGUGUGAUACCAAGUCCUUCAAUAUCGUUCGGAUCGCUGGAAUCGAGUUCAGAUUCUGCAUUUCCAACUGGCAUGCCAACUUCUUCUACAAAUCGCUCGAAAUCAAACUUAAUUCCAAAGACAAGUCAUUCUAGCGUAAACAAUUAUGAGAAAUCUCUUUUAACUGUACCCGAAAAUGGUCAUGGCCGAUCGAGUAAUGUUUUUUGUUACAUGACGUUUUAA